AUGUCAUCUAAUGAAUUUCAAAUUCAAGUCAUUAUUAAAUCAUUACAACAAUUGGGUUAUAAUCAAGUAGCAAUAGAUUUAUUAAAUCAAUAUCGUAUAAAUUCACAACAAGAAAUAAAACUGGAAAUUCCAAAUUUAUUAAAUUGGUUUCAUCAUUUAAUUAGAACAAAUCAAUAUCAAAAAAUUGAUGAUUAUUUAAUUAAUUUAAAAAAUUAUGAAGAAUUUAUAAAUAUAACAAACUAUUCAGGAAAUGAUUCUAAGUCAAUAAUUUCAAUGGUUUUAUAUUUGGUAAGAAGAUUUAAUUUUUAUGAAAAUAGUCAAAAAUUAGGUGAAUUAUCAUAUAUUUCCAAUAAUUUAUUACCAUUAAUCAAUCAAAUUAAUAAAACUGAACUUUCAGGGGUAUUUGAUCAAUCUAUAAUUGAUCAAUUGAAUUAUGAAGAAGAAUCACAAAUAUUAUUAAAAACUAAUACAUCAAUAAAUAAAUGGUUUUUUAAUUUAACUACAAACUCAAAUUUAGAAGAAAUUCAGGAUUUAAUAUUUGGGAAAUUAUUUAAAUAUUCUGAAAUUUUAUUUAAUUCACCAACUUCAAUACCUUUAUUAUCUACAAUAAUAGAUCAAUCAACAAAAUAUCAACAAUCUCAAUCACCAUUAUAUUUACCACCAAGAAAUAAAAAUGAUAAAAAAAAAAAUUCACAAAUAAAUUUUAAUGCAACAAGAUUAUUACAUACAUUAACUAAUCAUUUAGAUGAGGUUUGGUAUUUAAAAUUUUCACCACUGGGGAAAUAUUUAGUAACUGGAUCUCAUGAUGGUAGAUUAAUAUUAUAUGAUGUUUAUGAUAAUUUUAAUUUAAUCAAGAUAUUAGAACCAACUAAUGCUGCUGAUUCUACUGCAUUUGUACCAUUUUCUACAGAACCAUCUAGUGGGAAAUCAAAAGCAGUUAUAUACUGUACUUGGGAUCCAAAAGAACAAUAUUUAGUAAGUUGUUGUUUAGAUACAGUAAUUAGAGUUUGGUCAAUUGGAGAAAUUCAUAAAAAAAGAUAUACAAGAUCAGAAUCAUCAACAAAUUCUUUAAAUAAUGAAUUAAAAUUAAUUACAAGUUUUACAUUAGGACAAGAUGUUAAAACUUGGUCAGUUGAAUUUUUACCAAUUAAAGAUCCACAAAAUUAUGUACCACAAUUUAUAGUUGGAUCACCAGAUAAAGUAUUAAAAAUUUAUGAUAUUAAUGGAAUUGAAAUAUUUGAUUUUUAUGCUAAUUUAGAAGAUGAUGAUUUUAAUAAUGAUGAAGUAGCAAUUGAGGAACAACAACCACAAGAAGAACUACCAGAAGAACAAGAACAAAAAGAUGAUAUAUCAAUGAAAGAUGUAGAAGAUCAACAACUGUCCAAAAGACAUCAUCAUUCAAAACCAAUAGAAAAUCCUUUCAGUCGUAUAAAUGAUUUAGCAAUAACUCCCAAUGGUAAAAUAUUAGUAACUGUAAAUAAUGAAAAACAAAUUUUAUUUUUUAAAAUCCCUGAUUUUUUCAAUGAAGAAUCAAUAACUAUAAAAUUAGCAUCAUUAAAAUUAAAUGGUAAAUUAACAAGUUGUUCAAUUUCAUCAAAUGGUAAAUAUAUUUUAAUAAAUUCAGCUCCCGAGGAAUUACAAGUAUGGGAUAUAUCACCAUUAUAUACUCAAAACCCACCAAUAUUAUAUAGGAAAUUUUUAGGUCAUUCACAAUCAUCUUUCAUUGUUCGUAGUUCAUUUGGUUAUUUAAAUGAAUAUUCACAAGAAGAAGAAAUUAUAUUAAGUGGAGCAGAUGAUGGGUUUGUAUAUUUUUGGAAAUUAAAUACUGGUCAAUUAGUAACUAGAAUAAAAGCUCAUGAUGAAUUAUGUAAUGCUGUUGAUUGGAAUUUAAAUGGGAAUUAUGUUAAAGGUUGUGAUUAUGGGAAAAUUUGGGGGAGUGUUGGUGAUGAUAAAUUAGUUAAAAUUUGGGGUGUUUAA